AUGGAAAAACUUUUGCUUGGAGUCAUGAAAUUCAGAAACCUCGUUCAACCUUCAAUGUUACCGUCACUCAAGAAACUUGCCAACAAAGCACAAGUAAGGGACCAUUUUCUAGUAAUGAUGUCGUAUAGGACUCAACAAACUCUGGAUGGGAUCGGAUCGGAUAAUUAAAGCCCCAGUAUUCCACUAAAUGACAAAAUAAGAUUGUUAGGUCUUUCAUAGUGUUUCAAGGGUUGAUCCGAUCGAUCAAGAUUUUGUCGACGGCCCUAUCUUAUCUAAUCAAAAUCAAACUUUGUUGUUUUAAUUAUCAAUUGUUUAAGACUAAUGAGCCUUGAAUUGAAUAUUGAAUUGAAAAACUUGAAUGUGUUGGCAAAUGGAUCAUUAUACAUUUCUGGGAAACUGCCUACCUACCCCUCCCCUAAGCCAACGUUAACACUUACUUCUCACUUACGGCAAAAUGUUGGCUUGUGGGAGGGGUAGGUGGGCACUUUCCCAGAAACUUAUAAUGAUCCACAAUAAUUUGGUAAACAUUGUUUUGUCAUUCACUUCUCCCAGCAACUCAAACAACAAAGUUCUCUUUAUCUAGAGUCGACAAGCUAACCUCUCUCUAAUCUCUAGCCUGAAGAACCGCCAAUGUCCACCGGUUUUCCCACAGAAUGACAUCAUUUUGCAGGGAAACCAGUGGUGGUUUUGCAAAAUGUCAGCUGUUUUCUUACCCUGUCUUAUCUCAAAUCCUUUUGUAGCCUCGUAUGUUAAUGAUCACCUGCAUGGACAGCCGUUUGUGUCCGACCAGCUUCACACAGGCGGAUCCCGGAGAUAUGUUUAUUGUUAGAAACCCAGGUAAUAUGAUGCCACACAGUCAGUUGUUUGGAGAGAGUCAUCAGAGUGCUUUGUCAGAACGAGCUGCUUUAGAAUUGGCCGUGUCAAGUGGUGUUGAACAUGUAGCUGUUUGUGGACAUUCAAAUUGCAAGGUAAAAUACCUGCCAACUCUUAUGUAUUAUGCGUGAGUCUCACGCCCGCAGACUUAAGUCAUAGAUUUCAUGCAUCAAAGACAAUUUCUCACGCCUGACUAACAAAUCCGGAUGAAUUGCUCUUUAACACAUUAAUAAUAAAGUUAAAUUCAAUGUUCCCGAAAAUAAUCCAAAAAGGCGCUCAACUUUAUCACAACACACUAAAAUGCUGUCAUUGAAAAGGUCGUCAGAACAUCUUUGGACAUUUUUGACAACAUUCUGAAGUCUUUGGAAAGUCGUUGGGAAUGUUUGGAAAUUCCGGACAUAACAAGACGAAAACCUCAUGCAUUUGACUCUGAAAUAGUUGGUAGGUUUAAGGUAAUAAACAUCAUUAACACAAGAAAGUCAUUUCUCAAUUCAUUCAUGAGUCAUUCUUGAUUCAUUCGCAAAUUUGUGUGAGAGUUGUUAGACCGCAAGAGCUAUGCAUGGUGAGUGAAAAAUUUAAAUUAUGCAAAGUAACAAUAAGUAGGGGCAGAGGGAGAAAAAGAGGACAACUGGGGAGGUUUCAUUGUAUAUUGAAUUAAUGUUUCAGUGAAACAGAAUUAUAUUUUCUUUUUUCUACUUGGACUCCACCCCCUUCACUGCUUGCUUUUCAUAUGUGCUCUUAAUGAUCCGCUGUGAUUCCAAAAAAAAAUAGAGGCACUCACAGCCUAGGCUAGAAUAUUAAAGGUGUGUAUGAGUGAAUGAGUCAUCCUCAUUUUGUUUUGUUGCCCUCAGUUUGUUUAUGUCAUCUCUUCAGGGUCCCUUGUUUAAUAUAAGGAGGCUCUGCCCCGAGGUUAGCCUCCCCGAGGUCCAACCCCUUGCCCUUUUUAAUACCUUUUACGGUAUAUUUAGGUACUUUAGGAUGUGAGGGAUUUUGGGAGUUCAUGCUAAAAGAGAGAAGCAACAUUUAGCUGAACUAGGUCUAGGUCUAGGUUUUAAAGUUUCCAGGGUCUCAGUGGGACAUCCUCACCCAAAUCCUAAAGUAUCAAUCAAAGGAUUCUUGAUGCAAUUUUCAGGCAAUGGCAUUCCUUCACCAAUCACUGACUCCAGAGGAAAAUACCGCACAAAACUCCUGGGUGUCAAGUUGGCUUAAGCGUUAUGCACAAGCUUCUUUAACAAAGUUUGAACAGCUUGAUGUCCAUGCCAGUGAAGUGAACAAAAUUACUUUUAGCAGCAACUUAAGAGAACAUGAAAAAAUGGAACUUGUGUUUGAUAAUCAGAAAAAUCUUUCAGCUGUUGACAAACUCUCCCAGGUAAUAAUAUUCAGUAUAUCAAGGUGAUGCUGUGUUACUAAGACAAACAUGACCUAUCUUUGUAUGGUUUACCACAGGCAAUUUUAUUAUCUCUGUAUUUCAAAACAAGAUACCGUGGAACCCUUCUCUACAGACACCCACUUAAUAUGGACACCCAUAUACUGAGUGGACAGUUUUGUUUAUCCCAACCCGACACUGAAAAAUCUCAUGGAAAAGCGUUAUUGUACGUUUUGCUAGAGAAGGUCACAUUUACUUACAUACAUACAUACAUACAUUUUAUUUUAUUGUGUUUUGAUGUAAAAGUACAAUAACAUGCCCGCGGGUUGCUAAGCUAAUCUAGGCAGGUCAUGUUUACAGGAAAUAAGUACAACUAAAUACAGCUAAAAGUAACAAGAGAACUAAAGCAACUAAAAUUAAAAUUGACAACAAUGACUAGAGACUACUGAUAAACUAAUGGUAUUACUAAUAAUAAAUGACAACAGUUAUGACAAGAGACUACUGAUACACUGAACAAUAUUAAUAAUUACAUAUCAACUUAGAGGAAAAUAAAUUCAACUUAACUUUUUGAGCAAUUUCUGGGAGAUCAAUAUAACAGUCUUCUGAAGCUAGGAUCUCAAAAAGUGUUUGUUUUAUUUUCCUCUAAAAUUUUCUCUAAAAUUUACCCACUGAAUACAGACACCCAUAUAUUAUGGACACUAUGGUAUGUCCCCCUUGGUGUCCAUAUUAACUGGGUCCCAUUGUAAAAAUGGUUUGAAUUAUUGUGAAUUUAAAAUAGAUGCAUACUUUAUUUUGUGAAUUGUCAUGGACUGUAAGCUGUACAGUCCUGUACAUUCCUUAUGCUCAAAGCAAAACACAUGGUCACCACAGCUUCAAAAAAUAUUAUCAUUAUUGUAUCGUGGCUCUUGCAUUCAGCAAGCUGUAUUUUAUUGUGGGAAAUUGUAUCAAUUGAAAGCUCUAUGCAAAAAGUCCUCUUGCCCCCUCUUGAUAGCAUGGUUUUUGUUUUGUGUCCUUCUUUGUAACAGUCUUACCAAUACUUAGUGACAGACCUAGCCUGUUGAACAGGUGCUAUGUUUUAGGAAGAGUUUUUCAGGCAAGCACGAAAUGGUUGUGGAGUGCGAAACACACACAAUGGGGGAAGACAUCGAAAAAAGACCUUCCUUCGUCAUGUGCCUUGUUCUCUCUAUGUGCUUUGCGGUUGCCAAAAAAAAACUAACUAAAUAAAAUAACACCUGUUCUUCAGGCUAUGACAGACCUGUCUCAUUGUUGUAAAAGUGAGUUGACUGUAAUUAAUCAUUUUAUCUGUAUUUUGUGAUAACAGGUGCAUGUUCUUGAACAAAUACAGAACAUUAAGUCCUAUGGCUUUGUGCGUGAUUUACUUGACAAAAAAGCACUUCAGGUCCAUGGCCUGUGGUUUGACAUUGGGGAUGGUGAGAUGUCCCUGUAUUCAAAAAACGACAAGAAAUUCAUCGUCAUCAAUGAGCAAACCCUAGAAACAACAUUCAGUCAUCUGAUCACUGCAGACUGA